UUUUUGAGUCCAUGUUGUCUCAGAGCAGAGGUGGAAACCCAUGAUAUGAGGGGUGGUGAAUUUCUAAAGGAGAUGAGGGCAGGUGUUCCCUGCCUCUGUCAAAUGGUAAAUCAAUCCUGUGCUGCGCUCUGGAGGAGAGUGGGACCAAUCCGGAGAUGAUAGAAACAGGACAAAUGGGUCAGAUGUGCAGAUGUACCUAAAGAAAUAGCCUCAAGAUGAACUUCCUCCUGGAAACAUUCAAAGUCAUCGGACUUUUUGUUUAUUACACGUUGGAGUCGCUAGUGUUCUUCAUUGUGCCUAGGCGGAAGAAGAAUGUUAGUGGUGAAAUAGUAUUAAUAACAGGAGCAGGAAGUGGCAUUGGAAGAAUCUUAUCUUUAAAGUUUGCCAGCCUUGGAGCCACAGUGGUUCUCUGGGACAUUAAUCAAGAGGGGCUCAAGGAGACAAGUAGACUGGUGAGAGAAAAUGGAGCAGUGAGAGUGCACUGUUAUGUCUGUGACUGUAGCAAAAGGCAGGACAUCUACAGAGUAGCUGAUCAGGUUAAAAAAGAAGUUGGCGAUGUUAGCAUCCUAGUCAACAAUGCUGGUAUUGUAACUGGGAAGAGAUUUCUUGAUUGUCCAGAUUCACUUGUGGAAAAAACCAUGGAAGUGAACACAAUGGCACACUUCUGGACUUACAAAGCCUUCCUCCCAGCAAUGAUGGCCUCUAACCAUGGACACCUGGUUAGUAUUGCAAGCUCAGCAGGACUGACUGGAGUCAGUCGCCUUUCAGAUUACUGUUCAAGUAAAUUUGCAGCAGUUGGUUUUGCAGAGUCAGUUGACAUAGAGAUGAGAAGUCUGGGAAAGACUGGUGUUAAAACCACAAUUGUGUGUCCUUAUGUCAUAAACACAGGAAUGUUUGAUGGCUGCAGAACCAAGUGGCCGCGUCUGCUUCCCGCUCUGGAUCCAGAGUAUGUGGCUGAGAAGAUAGUCACUGCUGUUCGUCAGGACCAAGAAAUAUUGCUGCUACCACGCAGUCUUUAUUUUUUAUUUGCUUUGAAAAAUAUCCUACCAGUGAAAACAAGCGUUCUCUUUGCGGAUUAUCUUGGAAACCUCCACAUCAUGGAUAACUUCAAAGGUCGAGCGAAGAAGGACUGAAAAAGCGCAAAAUUCAGAGAUCAGCAACUCUAAAGUGGACCUUGUUAAAGGUGGUGGUGGGAAAGGUCUGCCUCUCUAGCAGCUCUGAACUUAUGGUGCCUCACUUCUCAUUAGUAACAAUUUCUAAGGAAGUUGCUUUUCAAUUGGCUCUUAAUCAACAGCUUUCACUCAAACUUUUUUAAAUCUAGUGAACUGUUUGCUUUUCAUCUCAUUAUGGAGAUACAUUAAUUGAAAUUAUUUCCUUUGGUUAUGUCUGUUAUAAUGCCUUAAAUACAAUCCUGCAUCGCAAACUAGCAGUUUAGGGGGGAGAAGAGACCAAGAAACCUAGUGUACUUGGCAGGGAGCCAGGAAAGCCUGUAGUGGACCUGCCAUGCACUGAACCACGAGGAGGGGCUGUACUGCUGCUGCCAUUGCCGUUCCCUGGUAAGCUGAGGAAUUAAAGAGUUUCCCGGCACAAUAGAUCUGAAUUUAUACAAACGGAAGUUUUAUGAAAUGAAAAUUUGUGCUGUGUUGGUGCAAAACCAAUGAAAUAUUAAUUUUUGGAGAUGGUGAUCUCAGGUCUCUCAGAUGACUAUGGAUGUUGGGGAGGGGGAAGGAUGUAUAUUAUUGUAUUGGGUCUGGCUGAGAUGGAGUCAAUUUUCCCCACAGCAGCCCUCACAGAGCUGUGCUGUGCAUUGGUAGCCAGGCAGGUGUUGAUAACACACCGGUGUUGUUGCUACUGCUGAGCAGUGCCAGUGCACAUCAAGGCUGUUUUGCCAACAUUUCUCCCCCCCUCAGCAGUAGGCUGGGGGUGAGCAAGAUCUUGGGAGGGGACACAGCUAAGACAGCUGACCCCAACUGACCAAAGAGACGUUCCAUACCAUAUGACAUCUGCCCAGCAAUAAGAAGCUGAGAGAUAGGGGGAGGAACGGGGUGGCAGCAUUUGGUGUUUUUGUUUUGUUUGUUUGUUGGUUUUUUGUUUUGUGGUUGUUUUUUUUUAACAACAUUUGUCUUCUGGAGUAACCACUAUGCACACUGAAGCCCUGCUUCCCAGGAAGUGGCUGGACAUUACUUGCUGAUGUGAAGUAGAGAAUAAAUCUUUUGCUCUUUGCUUCGCUUCUGCACAUGGCCUUUUGCUUUUGUUACAUUAAACUGCCUUUAUCUUGA